AUGAUUCGCACAGUCAAACAAAUUAUCCUUGUGGUGCUAGAAGAACAACGCCUCACUGAUGAAGUUCUACAUACGGCUAUGACUGAAAUUGAACGAAUUCUAAAUGACCGGCCGUUGGUAAGACAGAGUGACGACCCGGAUGAUCAGUAUGUACUUACACCGAGUAAGUUGCUGUUACUAAGAAGUAAUUCGUCCGAGCCAAUACCAAGUACGAUUCCAAAGAAUCAAUUUAAUAGAAGAUGGCGACAGGCACAACUCCUAGCGGAUACCUUUUGGAAGAAAUGGUUAAGAGCCUACCUACCGACACUCGCAGUUUGUCGGAAGUGGCAAUCUACGCAUCCGAGUCCCAGGAUUGGUCAACUUGUUCUGCUAGCGGAGGCAGACAAACCCCGAGGUGUCUGGCCUAAGGCAAUAAUCGAAGAAGUACACGCAGGAUCGGACAACUUAAUUCGUGGAGUCACCGCUCGCACAGCAAAAGGUCAUGUACGGAGGGACAUACGUCAAGUUUGCCCACUGGAAGGAGAAGUGGAUCAAAUGGAAACUCCGUGACGCUUUCAGGCCCUCGGGGACCGCGACUCCGCGGGGGAGUGUGACAUCCCUGAUGUCAAUUUCUAUUAUUGUCUUUACUUUGCUACUAACCGUUUGCUAGUAACCAGAUUUACGCACACCGCCUGUCUUUGUCUUUGUAUCCCUAUUCGUCGGUUCUUGUCAUUCCUUGUUCAUUGUUCCCUGUCCAUUGCCUAUUGCUCUUUGUUGCCGCUCGCUUAUAAACCGACCACCACAUCUUGGCGUCAUUCGCUGACUGCUCGUCUUAUCACCUCGAAUGUACGUCCACUUUUCAAUUUAUUCUCCACCUUAUUAACUCUAUUGUGCUCCGCUAAUCUCACUAUUUUUUGCUAUAGAACCACAAACAAUAACCGAGUUAUCCUGACUGUCUUCUGACAUAGCUCUGACCUCGGGUGCGUCUAUUCAGGUGAAUAAAACAGCACUGAGUUUAAAGAACACCAACCACACCAAGUAACCCAGUCAGUUGCCAGCCUUCCAGACUACGCCGGAGUUUUCAAUUGAAUCUGAUUUUAUCAUGAAAGUUGUAGGAUCGUGGCGAUAGAGUCCCAGCGUCCACCUCAUUUUCUCCUCCCAUUUCUUAUGUAUACUCCGCCGUUUGAGCCACUCAGACAUAUUAGUAAAAAAAAUCAUGUAUUUAGCACCUCCAGGGGCACUUUUAUAGUCGGUCAAAAUGAACUUUCGGGUGAAAUUUAAAACAAGUACACUGUACAGUGUCUAGUUCGUACUUAUACAAUAGGCUGUCUGGCAUGAAAACGAUUAGCGGAAAGUGCAAAGACUCCUUUUUUGCACAAAAAAUGCGAAAUGAAUUUCGCAUGAUUAGUUUUUACGAACGAAAAAGCCGUCGCUCAUGGGAAGCUGGAUAUGCAGACCGCACAGGACCGUCCCACACGUACAAAUGCAUAAGGAUUCAAAACAACCAAAUUACUAAACUAAGUGAGACACUAGGUUCAGAUGCGUUCUAAUAUUUUUUAGUUGACAGCAGACGCAACCGUCCAGGUAGCUAAACAGGAGGCACCUAAUGACAUCUGUUACUGCCCACACAGAGUCCAGGCGAGGUUGGCAAAUUUAAGGCUGUGAGGUCGUCCCUUCGCAGGAAGACGCGACAAUGAUAUUAUUUUUCAGGAACUGGGCGUUGGUAGUUGACAGAGCUAAUGUGGUCGUCUGGGCGUGCCACGCACGACCUGACGUCUCGUGCGGCAUGUUCAGCCUUUACACAAGUGGGGUGGGCGACUUGGGUCUCACCAGCGUGCGAGUGUCAUAAAGGUCACAUUUGGAGGGGGUCUUUGAAGCGCGGCCUUCAGUGCACCACUCAGUCACCCCGUAUACACAGAGCCUACUGCGAAGUCUUUGGUCUUGUUGAUCUUCCGGACAACGACUUUCAGCGCAUCAUCAUAGGUUCAAACGAGUCAAGUUUGGUCUGCGGAGGCAUGCGAGGAAUUUCCGUAGGGAGAGUUCAUGGUAAUCUGGUCGCAUCUCCUUUGCCCUAUCCUCGGAUGGACUCUGAUGAAUGUAACAGACCGCAUCUGGGUUCUUGUCGCCUCGAGACUGGUUGUCAUCGUGCCCUUACAGAAUGCGCUCCUUCGGCGGUCUUGACAAAGCCUUCUAUAUUCGCCAUAUACUAGUAGUCUGGUCGCAUCUCCCCCCAUGUUCGGAUGGACUCGGUUGAAUGAAACUGACCGCAUCUGGGUUCCUAUCGGCUUGAGACUGGUUUUCAAUUUCGGCACUUAUUUUUCUUAUUCAAGGCGAUACAGGCCAGUCCUGACCGACCCGCCUACGUACCAUUUUAUGAAAUCCGUUACGCAAUGCCAUAUACAGCUGACAUUUAUUUCGGCCAUGUUGAUGUCGGACUAUAUUCCAUUUUGUACCGCCACAUGCAGGCCAGUCCUCCCUGUUUUUUUCUGAUGCUAUUUUUCUGAGGGGUUUUCUUUUCUCCUGUCAAAUUACUACAAUCAUUUUUAAAUUUUGCUUUAGAGUUUUUUUUCACCCCUCGUUUUUUUUCAUUUUUUUCAUUUUCAUUUUGCUUAACGGACUUCUAAUCUCAAAAACUAUGCAUUGCACUUUUUGCAGAUUUUGUCUACAUCGUCUAAAAUUUGCAUGUUAAUUUAUUUUUACUUGCUUUGAUGGGACCCCGACGGGUCUUUAAUAAAAAUAAUUGAAUUGAAUUGAAUUGAAUUGAGUCAGCUUUACUCUCGCUCUCUUUCCCUCCCUCUCUCUCUAUCUAUCUAUCUAUCUCUAUUUCUUCCUUCUCGCCUGCGUCGGUCGAAUCGCUGAGCCCAAAACAAAAGGGCCCUGAGACUGGCCGCAUUGGCAGACAAGGCGGAGUAGCCCGCUGCACGUGUUGCACAUGACCUGUUCACGCAGCAUUUUGCAGCAAAGAACACACUUCCCACUUACGUGAGAGUUGCUUAUUCUGUGUCUGUGAUAAAUGAUGCGGGACGUGUUUCUGCGUGGUGCAUGAACUGGCUGGGCGAUAUUUGGUGAAUAGGUUUUAUCGGCGAUGUCUUACCGUAGAGCUAAGUUGUAAAUUAUUCUCCACUGAGAGUGUGGGUAGCAGAGAUGUGUUCGAGGGGUGUAUGUUGGUACCCAGGACACUGGUUCGCCGGUCUCAGCAAAGGAAUUUACAAGUUACCGACUAGGCUGAUGCGCAGUGUGAAGAUACGGUUAUUGUUUUGGCAGCUAGGAUGGUUGUAGCGGCUUGUGUUGUUGUUUCUGCUGUUAUCGUCGUCGUCGUCGUUGAUUUUGUUCUUUUUUACGAUGAUGGUGGUAGUUUUGGUGGUGAUGAUAAUGAUGCCGAUGACGACAAGUACGACUAGGAUGAUGACGAUAAUGAUGAUGAUGAUGAUGAUGAUGAUGAGGAGGAGGAGGAGGAGGAGGAGGAGGAGGAGGAGGCGGAUGAGGGGGAGGGGGAGUGGGAGAAGGAGCAGGAGGAUGGUGGUGGUGGUGGUGGUGGUGGCGGCGGCGGCGGCGGCGGUGGUGGUGGUGGUGAUGACGAUAAUAAUAAUAUUAAUAAUAAUACUUCCUUCGGGUCCGCUCAGCUUACCGAGGGAAAUGGGCGCGGGCCUUUGAGUACCCUAUUUGCAGCGUAG